CUAUAAAUACUUCAUUCAGUUGCUUCUCGAAUUUUAAAAUGCAUUACAAUGAAGCACUAUCAAUUUUGUAGAACCAUUUAUAAUUUGUUAUUGGUAAUUGGUGCCACACUGUCUCCUUUAUCGGCACAAAACUAUUGCGAUUCGGAUCUGUGCCUAUCUGGAAGACAUAUAGCCUGUCAAAAUACCGGCCGAUUUGCAAGUGGCUGCAGUGGUGAGUUUGUUCAGAUAAACGAACAUAUCCAACUUAUUUUGCAGUUACAUAAUGAGCGCCGCAACCUUAUUUCUGGAGGGGGAAUAAGUGGUUUUACCACUGCCGUUCGUAUGGGCACAAUGAGCUGGGACCAGACAUUGUCUGAACUAGCUGCAUACAACGCUUUACAAUGCCGAAUGGCCCACGAUGAGUGCCGCAAUACAAAUACAUAUAAGUUUUCCGGCCAGAAUCUGAGCAUCCUCUUUACACGCAACACUGAAAUCCCAAAUUUUUUGCGUCAACGAAUUUCUUCUUGGUUUGAAGAAAGCCGAUAUGCAACUAGUGCAGAUAUGGAAAACUAUCAGAUGCGUGGUGGGCCACCCAUUGGUCACUUUACCACCAUGGUCAACGAGCGCAAUAAUAGAGUAGGAUGUGCUAUUCUCAGAUUCACUGACAACAGAAGCGUACAAGCCACUUUAUUAGUCUGUAACUAUGCUGUUACCAACGUCAUUAACAAUCCCGUUUACCGAGGCGGCAGUCCAGCUUCUGACUGUAUAUCAGGUCGCAAUCCGGGUUUUCCGAACCUUUGCUCUUCAACGGAAGUUUAUAACUACAAUCAAUGGUCAAAUUAAUGGUCUAAAAACAUGGUCUAAAUGGUCUAAAACAUUACUUUUAGCUUUAGCUUACAUUACUAACAUUAGCUUA